AUGAAUCUUGACUCGCUCUCGCUGGCUUUGUCUCAAAUCAGCUACCUGGUGGACAAUUUAACUAAGAAAAACUACAGAGCCAGCCAGCAGGAAAUACAACAUGUGAGUAGCAUGUAGUAUUUUGCUCACAAAUUGUCCUUUCUGUCAUUUCCAUUUUUAUAGUUGUGCCACUACAAUGCAGUACACACAUUUCUCACAUAUUUAGAUGUUUGAAGGGCUAUAGCUAAGUAGAUUUUGAAACGUACAUACAUUAAAAAUUAUCUUAUCACAAAAUGAUUGUAAAACCAAUAUGAUUCUAGGGUUCAUAUGAUUUUUCUAUAUAGAAAAUGGGCAUAGUUGGUGGGUGGGGUGUGUAGCAAUGUUGGCACGGCUGAAUUUGGUCAAGGUCUUGGGUAAAACCAUUUUUGAAGCCCCCAGCUUGGCGACUGAGAAUUUGUUUUAAAGCCAGUUUCCCUCAAUUCUAGACAUUUUAGUAUGUAGCCGAGAUAACAAUUAUUCACAUUUUGCUGUGUUAUGCUUAAUCAUUAUAACAAAAUCAAUACUCCCGAAUUCAUUGUUUUUGUCUAGCUUUCAUUUUAGUGAUAGUUCUCAAAUAUUGAACAAUAUAUAGAUUAUCUUUUCCACAUACUUUAUAUCUAGUUUUAGUUGUUUAAGUUUAUACUGAAAGCAUUUUUCUAACCCGAAAAAAAUUAUUUCACCAAAAACAAUGUUUGGAUUUAGGCGGCCCGAAAACUUUCAGGAAAAAAAACCUGGGUUAAAAAUUGCAUUAGGUCUGAGAUAUCUUGACAAUAAUAUUUUGGCUUUGACGGCCGACCUGUUAUUUGUUAUUUUGGUGAAUGCGUCUUCUGUUCCAACAGAUUGUGAAUCGUCACGGCCCUGAGGCAGACAGGCAUUUAUUACGCUGUCUUUUCUCCCAUGUGGAUUUCAGUGGCGAUGGUAAAAGCAGUGGCAAAGAUUUCCAUCAGGUAAUUUCUGAUUAGUAAUACUUAUUACACCAGUGGCUAAACUUCAACUGAUUUUGGCUAAACUUCAACUGAUUUUAGCAAUGAGGAUUACUGGUCUCUUUCAAACCGGAAAAUGUUUAGAUAUCACAGCACUAGAAAUAUGUGAACACUAGAGGCACCACUGUGUACGUUUCCUAAUCAUCAUUGGUAUUGUCUGUUUGUCUUGCCUUUAUUAUUUUAGAAAGUGACUUUGCUUUCCUGUUUUGUCCUUAACUUAUUUUGUUAUGCCCCCUCUUCUCCCAUUUACCUUGACCAAGACACAGUUUCUGAUCCAGGAGUGUGUUUCACUGAUUUCAAAGCCAAAUUUUAUUUCAACACUCUGCUACACCAUCGACAAUCCUUUGCACUACCAGAAGGUAGGAGACGUGCUUAUUUUCUCACCUAUCAUUAUAAAAUAAUUCUGCAAUUUGUAAAAUAUUAUUGUACUUUUCUGCAUUGAUGAAGUGGGUCCAAGUUAGGCCUCUCUUCAUGUGCUAAAAUUACUGUCUGCAUCAGAAUAACAGUUUAAUGUUUUCUAAACGUUUUAUAAUUUUUAGAGUUUGAAACCUUCGGCCCACUUGUUUACUCAGUUGAGUAAAGUUCUCAAGCUAAGCAAGGUUCAAGAAGUAAGUAAAGUAAUAUGGAAAUGUAUGUUAUCAGAUGGUGGUUUUUAUUGUAGUUGAAAAAUAAUAUGGCAAACAAUUUGAGAUUAUACUUAAUCUCUUCUUUUUCCCCGAAGGUUAUAUUUGGCCUUGCUUUGCUGAAUUCGUGCAACGCAGACCUUCGUGGUUUUGGUAAACUCAGUUUUAUAUUUAAUCAUUUGACUAUCUAUACCUGCUGACUUGAAUACAUGCUAUGUUUUAUCUGUAUAUGCUGGGGGGGAGGGGGAGUGGGGUCUCAUGAGUUAUUCUGUUAUCAAGGUGUCCAAGUGUAGCACAUGGAAAUGUGACACUCACUCCUGAGCCUGACGUGUCCCUACAUGCGCAGCCGAAUCGCUAGCUUUUCGCUUGGCGCGACUGUUAAAGACUCUUCGGAAGGGCGGUCACGUGUGCUAAAAAGGCAGAUGUCCUGGGUUCGAGCCUCUGUGUGAGCCAAAUCAGAAGGAAGCCAUACUAAGCAAGCAGCGUGACAUCCGUUAUAAACUCAGCAAAAAAAUAAACGUCCUCUCACUGUCAACUGCGUUUAUUUUCAGCAAACUUAACGUGUAAAUAUUUGUAUGAACAUAACAAGAUUCAACAACUGAGACAUGUGACUAACAGAAAUUGAAUAAUGUGUCCCUGAACAAAGGGGUGGUCAAAAUCAAAAGUAACAAUCAGUAUCUGUUGUGGCCACCAGCUGCAUUAAGUACUGCAGUGCAUCUCCUCCUCAUGGAUUGCACCAGAUUUGCCAGUUCUUGCUGUGAGAUGUUACCCCAUUCUUCCACCAAGGCACCUGCAAGUUCCUGGACAUUUCUGGGGGGAAUGGCCCUAGCCCUCACCCUCCGAUCCAACAGGUCCCAGACGUGCUCAAUGGUAUUGAGAUCCGGGCUCUUCGCUGGCCAUGGCAGAACACUGACAUUCCUGUCUUGCAGGAAAUCAAGCACAGAACGAGCAGUAUGGCUGGUGGCAAUGUUCAUGCUGGAGGGUCAUGUCAGGAUGAGCCUGCAGGAAGGGUACCACAUGAGGGAGGAGGAUGUGUUCACUGUAACGCACAGCGUUGAGAUUGCCUGCAAUGACAACAAGCUCAGUCCGAUGAUGCUGUGACACACCGCCCCAGGCCAGGACGGACGCUCCAUUUCCAAAUCGAUCCCGCUCCAGAGUACAGGCCUCGGUGUAACGCUCAUUCCUUCGACAAUAAACACGAAUCCGACCAUCACCCCUGGUGAGACAAAACCGCGACUCGUCAUUGAAGAGCACUUUUUGCCAGUCCUGUCUGGUCCAGCGACGGUGGGUUUGUGCCCAUAGGCGACGUUGUUGCCGGUGAUGUCUGGUGAGGACCUGCCUUACAACAGGCCUACAAGCCCUCAGUCCAGCCUCUCUCAGCCUAUUGCGGACAGUCUGAGCACUGAUGGAGGGAUUGUGCCUUCCUGGUGUAAUUCGGGCAGUUGUUGUUGCCAUCCUGUACCUGUCCCGCAGGUGUGAUGUUCGGAUGUACCGAUCCUGUGCAGAUGUUGUUACACGUGGUCUGCCACUGCGAGGACGAUCAGCUGUCCGUCCUGUCUCCCUUUAGCGCUGUCUUAGGCGUCUCACAGUAUGGACAUUGCAAUUUAUUGCCCUGGCCACAUCUGCAGUCCUCAUGCCUCCUUGCAGCAUGCCUAAGGCACGUUCACGCAGAUGAGCAGGGACCCUGGGCAUCUUUCCUUUGGUGUUUUCAGUCAGUAGAAAGGCCUCUUUAGUGUCCUAAGUUUUCAUAACUGUGACCUUAAUUGCCUACCAUCUGUAAGCUGUUAGUGUCUUAACGACCGUUCCACAGGUGCAUGUUCAUUGAACAUGCAUGGAAAACAGUGUUUAACCCCUUUUACAAUUAGAUUUUUACUAAUUAUUUUUAAAAGACAGGGCCCUGAAAAGGGGACGUUUUCUUUUUUUGCUGAGUGUACAAGUAUUUCUUUGAAAUAUUUCCCCAUCUGUCUUAAGCCGCGCAGUUCGUCAAACAAAGGCUCCCGGACCUCCUCCGCUCGUACGUGGACGCGGACCUUGGAGGAAACCAGGAAGGUGGCUUCCAAGACAUUGCCAUAGAGGUCCUGCACCUGCUCCUCUCCCAUCUUUUGUUUGGCCAGAAGGGCGCCAGCGGGGUCGGACAAGAGCAGAUUGACGCGUUCCUCAAGACGCUGUGCAGAGGUGAGGGGCAUAGACGUACUACUUGAAAGGAAAUGUUAAUUAUUUCCAGAAGUAACAAAGAUUCCUUCAUUCACAGCAAUCUGGUAGUUUUGUACAUUGUUGCCCCAUCAAUUAAAUAUUGUCUCUUUGUUUCAGAUUUCCCGCAGGAGCGCUGCCCUGUGGUGCUCGCACCACUGCUGUACCCUGAAAAACGGGACAUUCUGAUGGACAGGAUUCUGCCAGACUCGGGAGAGUUAGCCAAGACCAUGAUGGAGAGUUCUCUCGCAGAGUUCAUGCAGGAAGUUGGCUAUGGCUUUUGUGCAAGGUGAUUGUUAUUUAGUAACUGGAAUGCCCAUUACAAAUCAAAUUAAUUCAGUUGUUUUUGAUGUCAUGCUUGACAACCACAAAUGUCAGUUACCCCUGUUAAUGUAUUGUCUGUUUUUCAUUCUAAGUCUCGAUGAAUGCCGCAACAUAAUCCUGCAGUAUGGGGUGCGAGAGGUUACUGCCAGCCAGGUGGCUAGGGUCCUGGGGAUGAUGGCUCGCACCCACUCUGGCUUGUCUGAUGGAAUCCCCCUACAGGUGAGGAUUGACCUGAUGGUAACUUACUAAACCUCCUCAAAGCUCUGAAAAAAACAUUGUAUACUAAUGUUUUCUCUGGUUCUUUACAUCUUCCUCAGUCCAUCUCGGCUCCGGGCAGUGGCAUUUGGAGCGAUGGAAAGGACAAAAGUGAUGGCUCUCAGGCGCACACCUGGAAUGUAGAAGUUCUAAUUGAUGUGGUCAAAGAAGUUGUAAGUUAUAGUGGAAUUACAUAUUAUUCCGCUUCAGUUGGCCAUUCGUCUCUUGCGCUUUGUACAGAACAUUUCCUUUUUAUAUUUUAGAACCCCAAUCUGAACUUUAAAGAGGUGACCUACGAGCUCGAUCACCCUGGCUUCAUGAUCCGGGACAGCAAGGGACUGCAGAUGGUGGUAUAUGGGAUCCAGAGGGGCCUGGGCAUGGAGGUGUUCCCUGUCGACCUUAUCUACCGGCCCUGGAAGCAUGCUGAAGGACAGGUAAGGAGGAGAUUGGGUCAGAUUUGUGUAAAAAUGACCAGACACAACACUUUGGGCUCUUAUUUCCAGAGGUAACAAACUCUGAUUCCUUCAUUCACAUCAAUGAACUCCUCGGCACUCUUGACCAUUCUCACUCCCCUCUCUUCCAGCUGUCAUUCAUCCAGCACUCCCUCAUGAGCCCUGAUGUGUUCUGCUUCGCUGACUACCCCUGUCACACCGUAGCCAUCGACAUACUCAAGGCCCCACCUGAGGAUGAUAAUCGGGAGAUAGCCACCUGGUACGUAAAACACAGGCCUCCUGACCUCCACAGUACCAAAUACUCAUUUACAUGAAUUAUUAGAACAAUGUCAUGCCAUUUGUGAUAGUCUUUAAUUGUGAUUUCACCUCACAGGAAGAGCCUGGACCUGGUGGAGAGCCUCCUGCGCCUCUCUGAGGUGGGCCAGUACGAGCAGGUAAAGCAGCUCUUCAGCUUCCCCAUCAAGCACUGUCCCGACAUGCUGGUGCUGGCGCUGCUGCAGAUAAGCACCUCCUGGCACACCCUGCGCCACGAGCUCAUCUCCACCCUCAUGCCAAUCUUCCUGGGCAACCACCCCAACGCCGCCAUCAUCUUGCACUACGCCUGGCACGGACAAGGCCAGUCCCCCUCUAUCCGUCAGCUGAUCAUGCACUCGAUGGCAGAGUGGUACAUGAGAGGGGAGCUGUACGACCAGGCCAAGCUGUCCCGCAUCCUGGAUGUGGCCCAGGACUUGAAGGUAGGAAGGGAUCAGUGGCUUUUUUCAGGAAAUAUAAUGAAAGCUGUGGUAUAGUUUUGUGAAGGUAGGGUGUUCACCGACUCUGCCCAGUGGCUGAAAACGCAUUUUGUUGAUGACAUUUCACUUCCUUAUGUUAUAAAAUACAUUUUACUAAUACCAAUAUGAUUCUUCAUGUUCUGAAUCGUUCAGUCUGGUCUUUCCCUAACAUAUCAUUAACAUUAUAUCAAAAAAGUCAGAUUUCGUAACCUAAUACAUCCGAUAAAAAGCACCGAGCUCUGUUAACAGAGCGGUGCAGCUUCAUUGCCUAAACUUUUGAGGAUUUUACAUUUUGUGGUCCUCGUCUUCCAAAUUGUUUCCGCGGGUCGCAAAUAGCAAAAUUAGCAUGACCCGAGCUGAAUUAAAUGUAAAGGUUUUGAAAAUAAAAAGCUUGGUACGCUCAGUGCGCCGUUGACAUUUUAGGGAUACGCAUGUCAUGUCUCAAAAUGGAUAUCUCUUACCUCAAUUGUUUUUACCCUUGUAGGAUGGGUGAAAUUAGGGUGACUAAAUCAAUGGAGGCCUGAGGAGGGGGGGGAAAGGUAGUCAUAAAUCAGGAAAAUAGCAUCCUCGUCGGCUAGCAUGCUAGCAGAUACAAUGUCAUUGUGCUAAUGCUAGUUAGCAUUUGCUUGCGAAACUACCUCCAACUUUCUUCAUACUGGACACAGACAAAUAAAAAUAGUUCAUCUGACUCUGGGGAAGUACACUGAACAAAAAUAUAAAUCCAACAAUUUCAAAGUUUGUACUGAGUUGCAGUUCAUUUAAGGAAAUCGAUCAAUUGAAAUAAAUUAAUUAGGCCCUAAUCUAUGGAUUUUCCAUGACUGCGCAGCCAUGGGUGGGCCUGGGAGGGCAUAGGCCAUUAGUUUUCAUCAGCUGUCCGGGUGGUUGGUCUCAGACUAUCCCACAGGUGAAGAAGCCGGAUGUGGAGGUCCUGGGCUGGUGCGGUAUCACGUGGUCUGCGGUUGUAAGGCCGGUUGGGCAUACUGCCAUAUUCGCAAAAAUUACGGAGGUGGCUUAUGGUAGAGAAAUUAACAUUAAAUUCUCUGGCAACAGCUCUGGUGGACAUUCCUGCAGUCAGCAUGCCAAUUGCACGCUCCCUGAACUUGCGACAUCUGUGGCAUUGUGCUGUGACAACUGCACAUUUUAGUGGCCUUUUAUUGUGUCCAGCACAACGUACACCUGUGUAAUGAUCAUGCUGUUUAAUCAGCUUCUUGAUAUGCCACACCUGUCAGGUGGAUGGAUUAUCUUGGCAAAGGAGAAAUGCUCACUAACAGGGAUGUAAACAAAAUUGUGCACAAUUUCUGGGAUCUUUUAUUUCAGCUCAUGAAACAUGGGACCAGCACUUUACAUGUUUCGUUUAUAUUUUUGUUCAGUAUAGAUAAAUGGCAUCAUUGCCAAAAUCCUGAAGUAUCCUUUUAAUUCUCGCACAGCAUCCAGCCUUACUGAUGCAAUGCUAUUUUCCUGAUUAAUUACUUUUUUCUUCUCUGGCCUCCAAUGAUUUAGUCGCCCUAAUUUUGACCAUCCUACAAGGGUAGAAACUGUUGUUUUGAAUGGAUUAUGAUAGCGACAUUAGGUUUGGACCAUUCGGUUUUCUUAGAGGAUUAUCUACAUAAUUAACACAUUUUACCCAUUUGUCAAAAGAUGCAUUUUUGAUAAGGCCACUUCGUGCAUUUUUGUUGUUGCAAUAUCCAAACUGUUCUUGUUUUUCAGUCUCUAUCAAUGCUGCUAAAUGGUACUCCAUUUGCCUUCGUUAUUGACCUUGCUGCACUUGCCUCUCGCCGUGAAUACCUCAAACUUGACAAAUGGCUGACUGACAAAAUCCGAGAGCACGGGGUGAGUGGUGUGAGUUGAGCCUUUUAAUUUACAGCAAUUACAACAAAAUUAUACAUACACAUUGCUACAAAAAGUUAUUGGGAUAUAGUACAUGACAGUCAUUGACCUGUUUGCUGUUCUAGGAGCCCUUCAUCCAGGCGUGUGUUACGUUCCUGAAGAGACGCUGUCCCUCUAUCAUGGGUGGUCUGGCCCCAGAGAAGGACCAGCCCAAAAGCGCCCUCCUUCCACCGGAAACGAUGGCUACCAUGCUGGGCUGUCUGCAGUCCUGUGCAGGGUGGGUUUACCUACCAGAGCUCGAUUCAUGGGGCCUAUGAUCAAAUUGGCUCUUUCAUUACUUCAAUCAUGUUGUAUGGUGCCAAAAGGUCUAGUUUCCAUAAGUCAUCUUGUAUUGUUAUCAAGAAAGGUCAUAUUCCUCUAAAUUAUGUAUUUUUCAGGAGCGUCUCUCAAGAGCUCUCCGAGACUAUCUUGACCAUGGCUGCCAACUGUAGCAACGUCAUGAACAAAGCCCGCCAGCCGCCACCAGGGGUCAUGCCAAAGGGACGUGCUCCCAGCACCAGCAGCAUAGAUGCAAUUUCCCCUGUGCAGGUAUCGGUGUCUCCUCUCCAGGUGAAGAGCUUACAUAACAUAAUAAAUGCAAUCUAACACUAUUUAUUGGGGAAUGUGUAUCAGCUAGAAACAUUGUACUUUCAUCAUCCCCUGAAUCUGAUUUUAAUUGUUUUGUCUUAUAACAUUAUAAUUGUGAACAUCAGCCUGAAAUGCAGGUUGCUCAUCCUUGUGCUCCGUUCUGUGUGUUACAGAUGGAUCCCCUGACAGCCAUGGGCUCCCUCAACCUGGGCAGCUCUGCCACCUCUCACACACAGAGCAUGCAGGGCUUUCCCACCCCGCUGGGCUCUGCUUUCAGCAACCCCCAGUCCCCAGCUAAGGCCUUCCCUCCUCUGUCCAACCCCAGCACACCAUUUGGGGGGAUUGGAAGCCUCUCUUCACAGCUAGGUAACCCAGGUAUGAGGCGAGAACCUGCCAUAGAUAUUUGUAUAGUGUUUUGAUUACACUAUAUGGAGUACUGAAGUGGGAUGUUUUUCUUUUGUCUAGGUCCGCUGGGAUCAGGCAUUGGCUCUGGUAUUGGUUCUGGUCUUGGAAUGUCAGCGGUGAGCAGUGAUCCGUUUGGGACGAGGAAGAUGAGCACACCAGGCCUGAAUCCGCCCACCUUUCAGCAGAGUAAGAUGGCCUGUAAGUGGUGGUGGUGUGACUGAGUGUAUUUCCUCUGAAAACAUUCUCUUAAUAUCUCCUAAUAGUCUCUUGAAGUAAUGAGGUUUUACUUGAAUCAAUUACAAAUGCUUUAACAUUUUUCAUAUCUAAAAACAUUGAGUACAAUCUGGGAAGAAACUGUCUUUCACACAUUGAAUCAGAGGAAAUACAGGUCAGUCUUCCAUUAAACGCAAAUUCUUAUGCUCCUUAUUGAAAGGAAUUGAACUUGGAUUUUCAGUACAUAUCUCUUUAAUGUUUUUUUGUGUGGUGUUUAUUGCUUUGAUAGUGAGAAGUCCUAAAGUUGUUUUUAAUUGCAUUUCAAAUGUUUUUUUAUUUGCUGCAUGUAAUCACAAUAUUGAAAUGAUUCCGAAGGGUUUUCUAUGGCAGUAUUGUUUGAUUUGGUCUAUCGCCUUUUUCCCAGCUGACCUAUCUCAGGUGUGGCCCGAGGCUAAUCAGCACUUUAGUAAGGAGAUUGACGAUGAGGCUAACAGCUACUUCCAGCGCAUCUACAACCAUCCCCCACACCCCACCAUGUCUGUGGAUGAGGUGAGUCUCUAAAUAAAAUGGUUUGCAGUAGUGUUGCACGGUACACCGACAACUUGGUUGUUUUUUGAUACUAAAUUAUAACAUGAAAAACAGUUUGGUUUUAGAUUUUUGUUACUUUCGGUUCUGCUGUCAAAUGUCUCGCAUCGUACACUGACUGAUAGAAUCAUGUCUAGUAAUUUGUUGACCUGGCCAGUAACUUCUCAGCGCAUUGAUUACAUUUAUAUGCUCUGUCGCAGUCUGCUGUAGAAAACUGCUGGCGUCGCAGUGAGUUUACCCGCACAAAACUCAUGCUAUAUUUGAGCAAAAUUAUUAAAUCAUUUUCCACACAGUCUGUGGCAGUAUUUCGUUUUCAUGCUAAUGUGGGCUGAGAAUCCACUCACAUAGGUACGUGGUUGCAAAGGGCAUCAGUGUCUUAACAGCGCGAUUUGUCUAGGCAGGAUACUCUGAGCGCAGCCCUAUCCAGAAAUCUGGCAGUGGCUUCUGAUUUAAAUACAUUUUUCACAGAACAGCUUGUUGCAAUUUCGAUGAGGCUUGUUCAGAUAUCGGUAAGUGGACUGGAGGCAGGGCAUGAAAGGGAUAACGAAUCCAGUUGUUUGUGUCGUCCGUUUCGGGAAAGUACCUGCGUAAUUGCGCACCCAGCUCGCUCAGGUGCUUCGCUAUAUCAAAUUUGACAUUGUCCGUAAGCUUGACUAUAUUUGCACACAAAAAAUCAUACAAUGAUGGAAAGACCUGUGUGUUGUCCUUGUUAAUGCAGACAGAGAAGAGCUCCAACUUCUUAAUCAUAGCCUCAAUUUUGUCCCGCACAUUGAAUAUAGUUGCGGAGAGUCCCUCUAAUCCUAGAUUCAGAUCAUUCAGGCAAGAAAAAACAUCACCCAGAUAGGCUAGUCAUGUGAGAAACUUGUGGUCAGACAAGUGAAAGUUAUGGUCAGCAAAGAACUUUAAGCUAGUCUCUCAAUAAAAAAAAGUGUCAAUACUUUGCCCCUUGAUAACCAGCGCACUUCUGUAUGUUGUGAAAGCGUUACAUGGUCGCUGCCCAUAUCAUUGCAUAAUGCAGAAAAUACACGAGAGUUCAGGGGCCUUGCUUUAACAAAGUGAACCAUUUUCACUGUUGUGUCCAAAACGUCUUUCAAGCUGUCAGGCAUUCACUUGGCAGCAAGAGCGCCUCGGUGGAUGCUACAGUGUACCCAAGUGGCGUCGGGAGCAACUGCUUGCACGCGCGUUACCACUCCACUAUGUCUCCCUGUCAUGGCUUUUGCGCCAUCAGUACAGAUACCACCAAAGUCCAUUUGAUGUCACACAGCUGUCCAGUACUUUUAAAAAGAUCCUCUCCUGUUGUCUUGGUUUCCAGUGGUUUGCAGAAGAGGAUGUCUUCCUUAAUUGACCCCCCCAUAAACUUAAUGGACAUAUCCCAGGAGCUGUGCCAGGCCCACCAUGUCUGUUGACUCAUCCAGCUGUAACGCAUAGAAUUCACUGGCUUGUAUGCAAAGCAGUAAUUGUUUCAAAACAUCUCCUGCCAUGUCACUGAUGCGUCGUGAAACAGUGUUUUUUGAUGAAGGCAUCGUCUGUAUAGUUUUUUGCCUUUUCCCCCAGCAUUGUCCCAGCCAUAUCUGCGGCAGCAGGAAUAAUUAAGUCCUCCACAAUAGUAUGGGGCUUUCCUGUCGUAGCUCACCAUAUAAGACGCUUCUAGCCCCUUCUUAUUAAUGGUAUCUGUUGCUUUCAUACAUGUCUUACUACUCAAAAGUCGUCUUAAUUCUCGCUCAAACUCCCGUGGCUAAUUUUUCAAAUUGGCAUGUUUCGUUUCUAAAUGUCUGCGCAAUAGUGAAGGUUUCAUCGAGUUUUGAGAUAGUACUUUUGCACAUAUAACACACUGUGGCUGAGGAAAGGCACUACUCCCAAUAUAAGUGAACCCCAAAUCAAUGUAGUUCUCAUCAUAUUUGCACCUCUUCGAUGGUCCAACGUCCCUGUCUCUUUGGCGCUUUCCCGGUUAAGGGGGCAGUAGCUCUUCGGCUGCAUCAGAUUCACAACUGUCAGUGUCCAUGCUAGCUGGGCUAGCAACAAAUGUAGAAUUACUGAUGCUAGCAUUGGAUGUGCUCGUGGAAGCAGAACAACUUGUCGUCAACAGGUGCAGGUGUAGUACUGCUGUGCCGCUUCCUGUGUAAGGUAGGGUCGUACUCUGCGAAUGUUGUAGAGCAUGAACCUACAGGAGAAUGACAGGGUGUUGUCCAGGGUCACGCCAAGGUUAUUUGCACUCUGGGAGGAGGACACAACGGAGUUGUCAACCGUGAUGGCGAGAUCAUGGAGCGGGCAGUCCUUCCCCGGGAGGAAGAGCAGCUCUGUCUUGCCGAGGUUCAGCUUGAGGUGGUGAUCCGUCAUCCACACUGAUGUCUGCCAGACAUGCAGAGAUGCGAUUCGCCACCUGGUUAUCAGAAGGGGGAAAGGAGAAGAUUAAUUGUGUGUCGUCUGCGUAGCAAUGAUAGGAGAGACCAUGUGAGGAUAUGACCGAGCCAAGUGACUUGGUGUAUAGGGAGAAUAGGAGAGGGCCUAGAACUAAGCCCUGGGUGACACCAGUGGUGAGAGCACGUGGUGCGGAGACAGAUUCUCGCCACGCCACCUGGUAGGAGCGACCUGUGAGGUAGGACGCAAUCCAAGAGUGAGCCGCGCCGGAGAUGCCCAACUCGGAGAGGGUGGAGAGGAGGAUCUGAUGGUUCACAGUAUCAAAGGCAGCAGAUAGGUCUACAAGGAUGAGAGGAGAGAGAGUUAGCUUUAGCAGUGCGGAGAGCCUCCGUGACACAGAGAAGAGCAGUGUCAGUUGAAUGACCAGUCUUGAAACCUGACUGGUUUGGAUCAAGAAGGUCAUUCUGAGAGAGAUAGCAGGAGAGUUGGCUAUAGACGGCACCCUCAAGAGUUUUGGAGAGAAAAGAAGGGAUACUGGUCUGUAGUUGUUGACAUCGGAGGGAUCGAGUGUAGGUUUUUUGAGGAGGGGUGCAACUCUCGCUCUCUUGAAGACGGAAGGGACAUAGCCAGUGGUCAAGGAUGAGUUGAUGAGCGAGGUGAGGUAAGGGAGAAGGUCUCCGGAAAUGGUCUGGAGAAGAGAGGAGGGGAUAGGGUCAAGCGGGCAGGUUGUUGGGCGGCCGGCUGUCGCAAGAUUUCAUCUGGAGAGAGAGGGGAGAAAGAAGUCAAAGCAUAGGGUAGGGCAGUGUGAGCAGGACCAGCGGUGUCAUUUGACUUAAUGUGAUUGGAUGUUCAUUAUUUGACUAGGUUACCUGUAUUUGACAUUGUUAUUUAGCUGAAUACUAGAUGGUUUUGGCAGUGAAACGAGGCUACUGGGGUGAGAAAAAAACAUUACACAAAUAUAGCCCUGUUGGAAAAUCUAAAUGGACUAAUUGAAAAUGUGAAUCACAUUUUUAUUUGGCUUACCCCCGACGGCAUUGCAUACCCCUGUUUGGGAAUAGCCGGUCUACGAAAAGACACCUAGCAUUGCUGCUGUAGCCAGAGCUAGCCUCUCUUUUGAGAGAGUUUUCUUAAAGGGACAACGUCCUAUUUUUAACAUUGAUAUAAUUUGGCCAUAGAUAAGCACAUUCUAUGUAUCCAAUUUUAUUAUAUAAUUAUUUUGUAUGCUCUGUCUUACAUGGUUUUGUAGAAGGGUUUUAGGCUGUCCACAUUUUCACUAUUGGUUUCUCUUAUUUUAACUACAGAAGUCAAGUGGCUAAAACACUUUCUUUUUUUGCGUCUGUAUCAUUUUGGCAUUGAGUAUUGUAAUUAGAGUUGUCGCGAUACCAGUAUCGCGAUACUACAAUACCUGAUUUUCUCUUUGGUCCUUUAAUAAAUCUACUGUAUGUAAAAUAGUGUGCUAUAGCUUGGAAAAGAAAUGUGAUUCUGGGUGACAUCAAGCUGCUUGUUAUCAACGUUAGAACUGUUUUCCUCAUUUUUGUUUCCUUACAACAAUACCUCUGAGUAUCUCAAUACUGGUAUCGUGACAACCCUAAUUGUGAUACUAAACCUGGUAUCGAAGUAAAAAUUAUGGUAUUGUGGGCUUCACGAGUGGCGCAGCGGUCUAAGGCACUGCAUCGCAGUGCUAGCGGCAUCACUACAGAUCCGGGUUCGAUCCCAGGCUGUGUCACAGCCGGCCGUGACCGGGAGACCCAUGAGGCGGUGCACAAUUGGCCCAGCGUCGUCCGGGUUGGGAUGAUUUUGGCCGGCCGGGAUGACCUUGUCCCAUCGCGCUCUAGCGAUUCCUGUGGCGGGCCGGGCGCAUUCACGCUGACACGGUCGCCAGUUGUAUGGUGUUUCCUCCGACACAUUGGUGCAGCUGGCUUCCGGGUUAAGCGAACAGUGUGUCAAGAAGCAGUGCCGCUUGGCGGGGUCGUGUUUUGGAGGACACGUGGCUCUCAACCUUCGCCUCUCCUGAGUCCGUAUGGGAGUUGCAGCGAUUGGAAAAGACUGGAACUACCAAUUUGGAUAUUGGGGAGAAAAAGGGGGGUAAAAAGUAGGUAGCGGCAGGUAGCUUAGUGGUUAAGAGCGUUGUGCCAGUAACCGAAAGGUCGCUGGUUCUAAUCCCCGAGCCGACUAGGUGAAACAUCUGUCGAUGUGCCCUUGAGCAAGGCACUUAACCCUAAUUGCUCAUGUAAGUCACUCUGGAUAAGAGCAUCUGCUAAAUGACUAAAAUGUAAAUGUAAGUACAAAAGAAUAUAGAAAAAAUGAAUUCUGUUAUUGUGAAAUCCCUAGUCUGCAGGCUGUUGCAGGCACUUAUCCGGUGAUGGUGUUUAUCCUCAGUCUGGUAGCUGCUAAAUCCUUGGCGCCCGUCUCUCUCUGCAGGUACUGGAGAUGCUGCAGAGGUUCAAGGACUCCACCAUCAAGCGAGAGCGUGAGGUCUUUAACUGUAUGCUGAGGAACUUGUUUGAGGAGUACCGCUUCUUCCCCCAGUACCCUGACAAGGAGCUGCACAUCACCGCCUGCCUGUUCGGGGGGAUCAUUGAGAAAGGUCUUGUCACCUACAUGGCCCUCGGACUGGCCCUCCGAUAUGUCCUCGAAGCCUUGAGGAAACCAUUUGGGUCCAAAAUGUAUUACUUUGGAAUCGCUGCUCUAGAUAGAUUCAAAAAUAGGUAUGGACUAUUAACUUUCUUCAGAUGUUUAAUGGAGUUCCACACUGAAUAUUUGCAUGUUGCUAAAGAAUGUUGCGUAUGUAUGAUUCUAAUUAUGUGACUGCUGUAGGGCUAAUUUGAUCUUUCCGUCUCUAGACUGAAGGACUAUCCCCAAUAUUGUCAGCACUUGGCCUCAAUCGGCCACUUUCUGCAAUUCCCCCAUCAUUUACAAGAGGUAAUUGGAUUUCUUGUAUAUUUGUGACACAAUCGGUCAUUCUUCAUCUGUACAUGAAUCUUCCUUGUUUUUAUUACUGGUCUCCGCAACACCUUAGCCAGAGGUGCGGAUCCUACUUCACGAUAAAUAAGUCUCUCGCUCUGGCACUUUCGAAUACCCUGUGCGUGCAGUAUAUCGAGUAUGGCCAACAGUCACGGGACCCUCCGGUGAAGAUGCAGGGAUCCAUCACCACCCCAGGAAGCCUGGCGUUGGCUCAAGCUCAGGCCCAGUCUCAGCCUCCCAAAGCCGCCCAGCCUAGCACCCUGGUCACCACAGCUACCACCACCACCGUCGCCAAAACCACUACCAUCACCCGGCCUACCCCUGGCAGCUUCAAGAAGGAUGUGCCGGUGAGUACCUGGGAAAGUCGGUUGCACUAUAUAUAUAUAUAUAUAUAUAUAUAUAUAUAUAUAUAUAUAUAUAUAUAUAUAUAUAUAUAUAUAUAUAUAUAUAUAUAUAUAUAUAUAUAUACCAAUGUUUUUCUCUGGCCAUGUAAAAUGACUCUAGCAAACCAGUGCUUCAGAGUUUUACUGCGUUGCCAUAGCUUGUGUCAAUGGCAACAUUCUAAACCGUUCCAUGAGGAACACUGUCACAUUUGAUAUGCUCAUUUUGGUGUGCAAAUACUCGAACUCAAACACCAGGAAAUGUAUCUUUUAAAAAAUAUAUAUAUAUUUUUUUUUUUUACAAAUGUGUGACGAGCCUAAAAUAGUCUGUGAAGCUAUGUCACUGAAGAAAUACUCCAAUACUGUGAUUGUUUGGCAAGGAUGCUCUCACUGUAAGUAAGAAUUGAAGUAGUGUAAAAUUGUGAUUUCCCAAGUAGCGGUUAUAAUAUUGUAAAGCAGCAUUUUGUUUUGAGUGUAUAUUGUCAUUUCAGCCCUCCAUCAACACCACAAACAUCGACACGCUUCUAGUAGCAACAGACCAAACCGAGAGGAUUGUGGAACCCCCAGAAAAUGUUCAAGAGAAAAUUGCUUUCAUCUUCAAUAACCUGUCACAAUCCAAUAUGACACAGAAGGUGGGUCAUAGAUAUAUGUUUGCUACUUGGUGUUGCCACUUGACUUGUACUUGCAAAAGCCUGCUAUAUUGAGCAUCUUGGUUUUGGCCAAUAUAAAUACAUUUCUGUACUUCAAUUAAUGCUUGUGUACUUUCAUGUAACUCAAGGUUGAGGAGUUAAAGGAGACUGUCAAAGAGGAGUUCAUGCCCUGGGUCUCCCAGUAUCUGGUCAUGAAGAGGGUCAGCAUCGAGCCCAACUUCCACAGCCUGUACUCCAACUUCUUGGACACCCUGAAGAACCCAGAUUUUGUCAAAAUGGCCUUGAAUGAAACUUACAGAAACAUCAAGGUGAAUAGUUAUUCACUUAAUCAACUUUUAUGGACAAUAGUUUGUAAACUCAUAUCAGAUUUUUUUUUUAAUAAGAGCUAUUUAAUUACUAACCAUUUCUCUUUCCAUGUGACAGGUUCUCCUUACCUCUGAUAAGGCAGCUGCAAACUUCUCUGAUCGAUCCCUACUGAAGAAUUUGGGCCACUGGCUUGGCAUGAUCACUCUGGCUAAAAACAAGCCCAUCCUGUACACAGUGAGUAGAUUACCGCAUUUUUAAAUGUUGGCCUGUAUUAAACUUUCCAUUUUUGUUUUCCUCCCAACAAAUAACCGGCUGCUUGUAAUGUGACCCAAGAUGGUAUUUUGUGUUUAACCUACCUUUGUUAUUUUAUUUCGUUAGGAUUUGGAGGUGAAAUCCCUCUUGUUGGAAGCAUAUGUCAAGGGGCAGCAGGAGCUACUCUAUGUGGUCCCGUUUGUGGCCAAAGUCCUGGAAUCCAGUUUACGUAGCGUGGUAAGGCCACAUUCUCACCAACAUUUUUAAGUAUAUCAAUCUGGAUUCACAUUUUAAUUUCUAGGGGGAAACUUUUACAUUGUUGUCAAAGUGAGAAUUGUUCAGUGACCGUGAGCUUGGGCCCAGCAUAGACUGAGCCAGCACCGGCAGGCAGGAAUAGCGAGACGGCCAAUCCAACAGACAAAAUGUUUGGGCCUGGAGUUUUUCCAUGACUAAGGCCUGCCUAUAACUAGACUAGUUUUUCAUGGUCAGGUCGCAUGGUCAAGAGACUAUGGGCCCUAAGACUGAUCCAUCCCCAACAGAAAAAGAAAGUGAGCCAGUCCCAUCAGGCAGAGUACCUACAACAGCAGACAGGGAGCCAGUCAGAACUAGAUGAUGUAGACCAGUAUAGACAGCGUUAUAGCCCACCUCCAGAAGAAGCAAAGAGGCUUGUGUUAAACUUUUUUUGUUUAGGAGCCAAUGGCUCUCUGGGUAAUUUAUUUGUUAAACUUGUGAGAUCUGGUGGGGUUUGUAUGGGCACAUUUCUUAGCUAUUAUGCCUUCAAAGUUUUAAGAGCAGGUCGACUUAAAUGCCAUUUAAUAUUCUCUCAGAUUUUCCGACCCCAGAAUCCCUGGACUAUGGCCAUCAUGAAUGUUCUGGCAGAGCUGCAUACGGAGCAUGAUCUGAAGGUCAGGGAAUCCUUUCUCUUUUAUCUACCAGUCACAUCAUGUUUCUAAAAGAGAUUUCAGAUACUGAUUGUGCUUCUUUUCCCGUUACAGCUGAACUUAAAGUUUGAGAUUGAGGUGCUGUGUAAGAAUUUAUCACUGGACAUCAAUGACCUGAAGCCUGGCACCCUGCUGAAGGACAAAGACAAGUUGAAAAGCCUGGAGGAACAGCUCUCUGCACCAAAGAAAGAGGCCAAGCCCCCUGAAGAAAUGCUCCCUGUUGUUAGCACAGGUAUCCAGCACUUUCAAAUUGGGAUGCCCCUUGUCGGUGUGUGGAUAUCUUUCUAGCAAAUGUAUUUCAAUGUUUGUUUCAUCUGAUUGUAAUGUUGGUCCCCAUGUAUAUUGAAAUGGAAAUAUUUCAUCACAAUUUGUUGAAUAUGAUUUUAGCCUAUCUUAAUAUCAUCAUUUCAAUGUAGAAUAAUAACCUACAUUUGUUUGUUUUUUGCAAAGAACAUUUAACCCAUUGCAUAUUUAUUUGUUUUGUUCAACGAGAUGCUGCGCUCGGGCUGUGUUUUAAUCACAAUAGCGUUUUGUAACCAACAGGAGACUUUCUUCCAUUUGCAGCUGCACCAUCCACUCCCGCCGCAACCACCACUUGCACAGCUACUGGGCCCCCUACCCCACAGUUUAGCUAUCAUGACAUCAAUGUGUACGCCCUUGCAGGGCUAGCCCCUCACAUCAAUAUCAACAUCAAUGUAAGUAGCACUCUCACUCAAACACGAGUUGUGAUGUGCACAUGGUAUGUCUUUGGGGUUGUGGUGGUACUAAGACACUUCUCUCCCUGCAGAUCCCCUUGCUCCAAGCCCACCCUCAGCUGAAGCAGUGUGUGAGACAGUCCAUUGAGCGGGCCGUGCAGGAGCUCGUCCACCCCGUGGUGGACCGUUCAAUCAAGAUCGCCAUGACUACCUGCGAGCAGAUCGUCAGGAAGGACUUUGCCCUGGAUUCCGAGGAGUCGCGGAUGCGUGUGGCCGCCCAUCACAUGAUGCGUAACCUGACUGCCGGCAUGGCCAUGAUCACCUGCCGGGAGCCCCUGCUCAUGAGCAUCGCCACCAACCUGAAGAACAGCUUUGCCGCAGCCCUCAGGGUACAGUCGCUUCAUUCUCUCCCAUUCACAUCCACAAAGCGCUAUAUAAAAUAUAUCUUAUUAUUAUUGUUCCUCUUGCUAAUAGCUUUGCUCCUGUCCCCCUCCAGGCCCCCACCCCCCAGCAGAGAGAGAUGAUGGAGGAGGCUGCUGCCAGAGUCGCCCAGGACAACUGUGAGCUGGCCUGCUGCUUCAUCCAGAAGACUGCCGUGGAGAAGGCAGGCCCAGAGAUGGACAAGAGACUGGCCACGGUGAGUGGUUAUGGGCUCCAUCACCAUAUUGGGGCGCUGGGAUGCUGCUCUUGUCUGUAUACUGUCCACAACUUGAUGGCUGACUGUACCUUUACCCUUUCUCUCCUGUAGGAGUUUGAGUUGAGGAAGCACGCCCGUCAGGAGGGCCGUCGCUACUGCGACCCUGUGGUGCUGACCUACCAGGCAGAGCGCAUGCCAGAGCAGAUCAGACUCAAGGUGAGCACACCUAGCUUAUAGCACUCCACUUAUAGAACUUGGCUUCUCUCCUAUUAUCGGUAUAGUCAAAGAAACAUUCGAAAAAUAUUUCAAUGCAAGUAAUAUCGAAGACCGUGUUUGCAACUGGACUAUUUACUGAGUGAUAUUUCUGCCACAGGUUGGAGGCGUAGACCCCAAACAGCUGGCGGUGUAUGAGGAGUUUGCCAGGAAUGUUCCAGGCUUCCUACCCAGCAACGACCUGUCUCAGCCCACUGGAUUCCUUGCCCAGCCCAUGAAGGUAAGGCUCUCAUACCACUAAAAGAGAACUACCCAAUAUUGCAUUUGCUGCUAUCUUUGACAUAACCAACCUGAUUUUAAGGUGAACUUUACUCAAGUAUCAUAUAAAUGUCUCUGUCCUGUGUUUAUUACAGCAACAGGCAUGGGCCACGGACGACGUGGCUCAGAUCUAUGACAAGUGCAUGGCGGACCUGGAGCAGCACCUCCAUGCCAUCCCCCCAGCGCUGGCCAUGAACCCCCAGACUCAGGCCCUGCGCAGUCUGCUGGAGGCCGUGGCCCUGGCCAGGAACUCCCGGGACGGCAUUGCCGCUCUGGGCCUGCUGCAGAAGGUCGGGGACUACUCCUCACACAGCCAUAAUAGGAAUACAUGCAUAGAUAGAAAAGUAGUUUAGUUAUCUUUACGAAUACACAGGUCUCAGUAGAAAAGCUCUCUGUGUCCCUCAUCUCUCCUUCCUUGUUCCAGGCUGUGGAGGGUCUGCUGGAUGCCACCAGUGGUGCCGAUGCUGACCUGCUCCUGCGGUACAGAGAGUGCCACCUGCUGGUGCUCAAAGCCCUCCAGGACGGCCGGGCAUAUGGGCCACAAUGGUGCAACAAGCAGAUUACCAGGUUGGUAUCCCCCUUAACCCACUCAUAGGAAGGUUUUUGGCUCUAAUGGAGAGGGGAAACUAAAUCCACUCAUUCAUUUGUUAAUGUUUGGGAUAUCUUUACUUGUUCCAGGUGUCUGAUUGAGUGCCGUGAUGAGUACAAGUACAACGUGGAGGCUGUGGAGCUGCUGAUCAGAAACCACCUGGUCAACAUGCAGCAGUACGACCUGCACCUGGCACAGGUAAAUGACAUUACACACCUUUUAUUAAACGUUGAGAUGUGUUGAUUCUAGGGCGCACAACGCCAUCUGUCAAUAGUCAAUCUUGAUUCUAUGCAACUGAAUAAUGGGCAUGCAGUGUAUUCCGUCCCUUUGUCAGUGUAUCUUAAAACCCUGUGUGUAUGUUUCUCUUGUCUAGUCAAUGGAGAACGGGCUGCACUACAUGGCGGUUGCAUUUGCAAUGCAGCUGGUGAAGCUGCUGCUGGUGGAUGAGCGCAGUGUGAGCCACAUCACAGAGGCCGACCUGUUCCACACCAUCGAGACUCUGAUGAGAACCAGCGCCCACUCCAGGGCCAACGCACCCGAGGGGUGAGUCCUUUUCUGUCCUAAUUUAAUUUGGAGUUUAGGUUGUGUUCGUUAGGGCACACGUGAAAUGGGUGUUUCUUAAUAUACUGAACAAAAAUAUAAAUGCAACAUGCAACAAUUUCAGAGAUUUUACUGAGUUAGUUCAUAUGAGGAAAUUAGGCAAUUGAAAUACAUUUAUUAGGCCCUAAUCUGGAUUUCACAUGACUGGGAAUAAAGAUAUGCAUCUGUUGGUCACAGAUACCUUAAAUAAAAUGGCCUCAGGAUCUCGUCUCUGUAUUUUGGUGCAUUCAAAUUGCCAUCGUUAAAAUGCAAUUGUGUUCGUUGUCUGUAGCUUAUGCCUUCCCAUACCAUAACCCCACCGCCACCACGGGGCACUAUGUUCACAACGUUGACAUCAGCAAACCGCUCGCCCACACGACACCAUACACAUGGUCUGCAGUUGUGAUGCUGGUUGGAUGUACUGCCAAAUUUGCUAAAAUGACUGAGGUGGCUUAUGGUAGAGAAAUGAACAUUCAAUUCUCUGGCAACAGCUCUGGUGGACGUUCCUGCAGUCAGCAUGCCAAUUGCACGCUCCAUCAAAACUUGAGACAUCUGUGGUGUUGACACAACUGCACAUUUUAGUGGCCUUCUAUUGUCCACAGCACAAGGUAAUGAUCAUGCUAUUUAAUCAGGUUCUUGAUAUGCCACACCUGUCAGGUGGAUGGAUUAUUUUGGCAAAGGAGAAAUGCUCACUAACAGGGAUUUAAACAAAUUUGGGCACAAUUUGAGAAGCUUUUUGUGAGUAUGGAACAUUUCUGGGAUGUUUUUAUUUAAUCUCAUAAAACAUGGGCCCAACACUUUACAUGUGGCGUUUUUAUAUUUUUGUUCAGGCAGUCCUAUUUUCAGUCCGUUGUCUUCCAUUUGGUAGGUAAUGAAUACGACCCUGGAGAUGUGGAGUUUAUUGUGAUGUUGGCGUACUACAUACAGUUGAAGUCAGAAGUUUACAUACUUAGGUUGGAGGCAUUAACUCGUUUUUCAAAUUUCUUGUUAACAAACUAGUUUUGGCAAGUCUGUUAGGACAUCUACUUUGUGCAUGACACAAGUAAUUUUUCCAACAAUUGUUUACAGACAGAUUAUUUCACUUAUAAUUCACUGUAUCACAAUUCCAUUGGGUCAGAAGUUUACAUAAACUAAGUUGACUGUGCCUUUCAACAGCUUGGAAAAAUCCAGAAAACGAUGUCAUGGCUUUAGAAGCUUCUGAUAGGCUAAUUGACACCAUUUGAGUAAAUUGGAGGUGUACCUGUGGAUGUAUUUCAAGGCCUACCUUCAAACCCAGUGCCUCUGCUUGACAUCAUGGGAAAAUCAAAAGAAAUCAGCCAAGACCUCAGGAAAAAAUUUUGUAGACCUCCACAAGUCUGGUUCAUCCUUGGGAGAAAUUUCCAAACGCCUGAAGGUACCACGUUCAUCUGUACAAACAAUAGUAUGUAAGUAUAAACACCAUGGGACCACGCAGCCGUCAUUCCACUCAGGAAGGAGACGCGUUCUGUCUCCUAGAGAUGAACGUACUUUGGUGCGAAAAGUGCAAAAAUAAUCCCAGAACAACAGCAAAGGACCUUGUGAAGAUGCUGGAGGAAACAGGUACAAAAUUAUCUAUAUCCACAGUAAAACGAGUCCUAUAUCGACAUAACCUGAAAGGCCGCUCAGCAAGGAAGAAGCCACUGCUCCAAAACCGCCAUAAAAAAGCCAGGUUUGCAACUGCACAUGAGGACAAAGAUCAUACUUUUUGGAGAAAUGUCCUCUGGUCUGAUGAAACAAAACUGUUUGGCCAGAAUGACCAUCGUUAUGUUUCAAGGAAAAAGGGGGAAGGCUUGCAAGCCUUAGAACACCAUCCCAACCGUGAAGCACGGGGGUGGCAGCAUCAUGCUGUGGGGGGCUUUGCUGCAGGAGGGACUUGUGCACUUCACAAAAUAGAUGGCAUCAUGAGGAAGGAAAAUUGUGUAUAUAUUAAAGCAACAUCUCAAGACAUCAGUCAGGAAGUUAAAGCUUGGUCGCAAAUGGGUCUUCCAAAUGGACAAUGACCCCAAGCAUACUUCCAAAGUUGUGGCAAAAUGGCUUAAGGACAACAAAGUCAAGUUAUUGGAGUGGCCAUCACAAAGCCCUGACCUCAAUCCUAUAGAAGAUUUGUGGGCAGAACUGAAAAAGCGUGUGCGAGCAAGUAGGCCUAUAAACCUGACUCAGUUACACCAGCUCUGUCAGGAGGGAUGGGCCAAAAUUCACCAACUUAUUGUGGGAAGCUUGUGGAAGGCUACCCAAAACGUUUGACCCAAGUUAAACAAUGUAAAGGCAAUGCUACCAAAUACUAAUUGAGUGUAUGUAAACUUCUGACCCACUGGGAAUGUGAUGAAAUAAAUAAUUCUCUCUACUAUUAUUCUGACAUUUCACAUUCUUAAAAUAAAGUGGUGAUCCUAACUGACCUAAAACAGGGAAUUUGUACUAGGAUUAAAUGUCAGGAAUUGUGAAAAACUGAGUUUAAAUGUAUUUGGCUAAGGUGUAUGUAAAUAUCCGACUUCAACUGUAUGUUUGUAGUUUCUAACUGAUGUAUGUGUCCUGUGGUCCCCAGGCUUCCUCAGCUGAUGGAUGUGGUCCGCUCCAACUACGAGGCCAUGAUCGACCGGGCCCACGGAGGACCCAACUUUAUGAUGCACUCUGGCAUCUCCCAAGCGUCUGAGUAUGACGAUCCACCGGGCCUGAGGGAGAAGGCGGAGUACCUGCUGAGGGAAUGGGUCAACCUGUACCACUCUGCAGCCGCUGGCCGGGACAGCACCAAGGCCUUUUCUGCUUUUGUGGGCCAGGUACAGCACACACACUUGUCUUUAUGAUAGUUUAACAGUCUUUGCCUUAUGAAGACAGUCUCCUCCAAGGCAGUUAGAACGCUGUUUGCCUUCAAUACACACAACACGAGCACAGCUCCAAUCGCGGCCUUGACAGUGGGCCUUAGUGCUGGAGCAGUGCACAUGGCAGCAACCCCAUACUCUUGCAACCCACUGCUGUGCUCACCAAGCAGCAGUGUUACUUAUUAGACUGGACAUCAACAUUUAUACUAAGAAAUCUUAGUAGAUAUUUGGGUUCCUGGAUCCUUUCACAGCAUUAGGCUCCCGAGUGGCGCAGCGGUCUAAGGCACUGCAUCUCAGUGCUUGAGGCGUCACUACAGACCCCCUGGUUCGAUUCCAGGCUGUAUCACAACCGGCCGUGAUUGGGAGUCCCAUAGGGCGGCGCACAAUUGGCCCAGCGUCGUCCGGGUUUGGCCGGUGUAGGCCGUCAUUGGAAAUAAGAAUUUGUUCUUAACUGACUUGCCUAGUUAAAUAAAGGUAAAAAAAUAAAUUAGAAGGCUGUUUUGAGACAAUGACCCAAGCCCAGCUCAGUUAAUCCCUACCAUUGUGUCGCUGAGUUGUCAUAAUGCUUCUGCAAAUGUACAUUAUACCAGGGGCGUUGGUAGACACAAUGUAAGUAACCAAAUGUAUGUCCUACUUGCCCUGAAUGCCUCUGCUGAUUCUACAGCUAUUGUAUGCGGUAAUCAUGUGGCUAUGAACCAGAGUUAUACUGUUAGCACUGAGGCUGUGUGCCCUAGUAGGAAGUCUACUGUGUGCAGCUCACCCUGCACUAACAUGAAUAACAUGAGCAUGUCUACUUUUGCUAAGCUUCCCAGUAAAGCAAUGAAAACAAUCAAGCAUUCCAGAAAAGUGCUAAAAAUAGCCCAUGUUAACAUAUUUAGCUUAAGAAACAAGGUUCGUGAAAUCAAUAACUUGCUAGUAACAGAUUACAUUCAUAUUCUGACAAUCUCUGAAACUCACUUAGAUAAUACCAAUGGUAGCAAUACAUGGUUAUAACAUCUACAGAAAUGCCAAUGGUGGAGGUGUUGCUGUUUUAUAUUCAGAACCACAUUCCUGUAACGCUUAGAGGAUCAUGUUAAAUAAUGUUGAAGUAAUAUGGCUACAGGUUCAUCUGCCUCACCUAAAGCCUAUUAUUGUGGGAAGCUGCUAUAGACCAAGCGCUAACUGUCAGUAUCUGGAUAACGUGUGAAAUGCGUUAUCAUGAACAUGUAUUGAUCACAUCUUUACUAAUGCUGCAGAGAUUUGCUUUAAAGUAGUAUCCAAAUCCAUAGGAUGUAGUGAUCACAAUAUAGUAGCCAUAUCUAGUAAAACAAAGUUUUAGUCAUUUAGCAGAUGCUCUUAUCCAGAGCGACUUAGUUAGUGCAUACAUUUUCAUACUGGCCCCCCGUGGGAAACAAACCCACAACCCUGGCGUUGCAAGCGCCAUGCUCUACCAACUGAGCUACAGGGGACUAUAUGUAUGUGUGUGUGUGUAUAUAUAUGUGUGUGUGUGUGUGUGUCUAUAUCCAUGUGUGUGUGUGUAUAUAAAUGUAUGAGGUCAUACAAUACGUUUUGUAGUGAUUCUUAUGUUGAUGAUGUAACAAAUAUUUGUUGGUCCGUGGUGUGUAAUGAGGAGCAAACACACUGCACUUGACACAUUUAUGAAAUUGCUUAUUCCAGUUACUAAUAAGCAUGCACCCACUAAGAAAAUGACAGUUAAAACUGUUAAAUCUCCGUGGAUUGAUGAGGAAAUGAAAAAUUGUAUGGUUGAGAGGGAUGAGGCAAAGGGAAUGGCAAAUAAGUCUGGCUGUACAACCGAUUGGCAAACCUACUGCAAAUUGAGAAAUCAUGUAACUAAAUAAAAAGAAGAAACUAUACUAUGAAAAAAAUAGAUAUAAAGAAUUAUAGUAAAAAGCUUUGGAGUACCUUAAAUGAUAUUUUUGGCAUAAAGGCAAACUCUGAUCCAUCAUUCAUUUGAGUCAGAUGGCUCAUUCAUCACAAGGCCCACUGAUAUUGCCAAUUACUUUUAAAUAUUUUUUUAAUUGGCAGGAUUAGCAAAUUUAUGCAUGACAUGCCAGCAACAAACGCUGACACUAUACAUCCAAGUAUAACUGAUCAAAUUAUGAGAGCCAUUGUCAUUUUGAAUUCUGUAAAGUGAGUGUGGAAGAGGUGAAAAAUAUUGUUUAUCAACAAUGACAAGCCACCGGGGUCUGACAACUUAGAUGGAAAAUUACUGGGGAAAAUAGCGGAUGAUAUUGCCACUCAUAUUUACCAUAUCUUCAAUUUAAGCCUACUAGAAAGUGUGUGUGUGUGUGUGUGUGUGUGUGUGCCCUCAGGCCUGGAGGGAAGCAAAAGUCAUUCCGCUACCUUUACUGGCUCAAAUAGCUGACCAAUCAGCCUUUUCCCAACCUGUAGUAAACCUUUGGAAAAAAUGGUUUGACCAGAUAAAAUGAUAUUUUACAGUAAACAAAUUGACAAGACUUUCAGCACGCUUAUAGGGAAGGACAUUUAACAAGCACAGCACUUACACAAAUGACUGAUUGGCCGAGAGGAAUUGGUAAGAUUAUUGUGGGGGCUGUUUUGUUAUACUUCAGUGCAGCUUUUGACAUUAUCGAUCAUAGUCUGCUGCUGGAAAAAUGUAUGUUAUGGCUUUACACCCCCUGCCAAAUUGUGUAUAAAGAGUUACCUGUCUAACAGAACAGUGUGUUCUUUUAAUGGAAGCCUCUCCAACAUAAUCCAGGUAGAAUCAGGAAUUCCCCCAGGGCAGCUGUCUAGUAGGCCCCUUACUUUUUUCAGUCUUAACUAACGACAUUACACUGGCUUUGCGUAAAGCCAGUGUGUGUGUGUAUGCGGGUGACUCCACACUAUACACGUCAGCUACUACAGCGACUGAAAUUACUGCAACACUUAACAAAGAGCUGCAGUUAGUUUCAGAAUGGGUGGCAAGGAAUAAAUUAGUCCUAAAUAUUUCAAAAACUAAAAGCAUUGUAUUUGGGACAAAUCAUUCACUAAACCUUUAACCUCAACUAAAUCUUGUAAUGAAUGUGGAAAUUGAGGUGACCUAAACUGCUUGGAGUAACCCUGGAUUGUAAACUGUCAUGGUCAAAACAUGUUGAUACAACAGUAGCUAAGAUGGGGAGAAGUCUGUCCAUAAUAAAGCGCUGCUCUGCCGCCUUAACAGCACUAUCAACAAGGCAGGUCCUACAGGCCCUAGUUUUGUCGCACCUGGACUACUGUUCAGUCGUUUGGUUAGGUGCCACAGAGAGGGACUUAGGACAAUUACAAUUGGCUGAGAACAGGGCAGCACGGCUGGCCCUAAAAUGUACACUAACAGCUAACAUUAAUACAUGUCCAUCUCUCCUGGCUCAAAGUGGAGGAGAGAUUGACUUCAUCACUACUUGUUUUUGUAAGAAGUGCUGACAAGCUGAAUGAACCGAGCUGUCUGUUUAUAAACUACUAGCACACAGCUCGGACACAGAUGCAUACCCCACAAGGCAUGCCAACAGAGGUUUCUUCACAGUCCAGAACAGACUAUGGGAGACGCACAGUACUACAUAGAGCCAUGACUACAUGGAACUCUAUUCCACAUCAGGUAACUGAUGCGAGCAGUAGAAUCGGAUAAAAAAUCUAAUAAAUAAAGUAAUUCAAAUGCACCUUACAGGACAGCGGGGACUGUGAAGACACACACAGGUACAGACAUGCAUACGGGCGCUAGCAUACACACUUUACGCACACUUACAUUGGAAUAUUGUUAUAUGGUGGUUCCAUAUAUUUUGUGUUGUGGUGGUAUGACAGUGUUAUAUGAUGUACUGUUUUAUAUUUGUUGUAUUAUAUUAAGUGUCUUCAUGUGUUUGGACCCCAGGAAGAGUAGCUGCUGCCUUGGCAGCAGCUAAUGGGGUUCCCUAAUAAAAUACUAAUCCACACUAACUGUGUAUUUCAUGAAAAAAUAUACAACACUUCUAACUAGAUUAUGGAAGACAAUUCUCACUACUGUACUUACUGUCCUCCCCAGAUGCACCAGCAGGGCAUUCUGAAGACUGAUGACCUGAUCACGCGUUUCUUCCGGCUGUGCACAGAGAUGUGUGUGGAGAUCAGCUACCGCGCCCAGGCCGAGCAGCAGCACAACCCUGCGGCCAGCGCUGCCAUUAUCAGGGCCAAGUGCUACCACAACCUGGACGCCUUUGUGCGCCUCAUCGCUCUGCUGGUCAAGCACUCCGGAGAGGCCACCAACACAGUCACCAAGAUCAACCUGCUCAAUAAGGUAAGAAUCAGGAGGAUACUCACCAUGGAGGCUGAAGAAUAAGCUUUCUACUUUGUAAAGAUCUCACGGAAAGACAACCGUACAGUUGAAAACCUCAAACUGCAAUAUCAAUGUAAUUCAUUGUUUUGAGGACUUUCUUUUUACACAACCACAGAUUUCAGAUAAGAAAUGUUCUUGUGACUUGAUGACAUGAUUACUGGGCUCAUCUGAAUGUCCCUUGACUGGUCUCAGGUUCUAGGUAUUGUGGUUGGAGUGCUGAUCCAGGACCAUGAUGUGAGACAGACAGAGUUUCAGCAGUUGCCUUACCACCGCAUAUUCAUCAUGCUGCUGCUUGAGCUCAAUGCCCCCGAGCAUGUGCUGGAGACCAUCAACUUCCAGACCCUCACCGCCUUCUGGUAAAUGCUGCCAUCACGCCUGUUCAGAAAAUAUUGAUCAGUGAUGGUCAGGACAUCUUAAAGUUCACUUUCCUCAACUCUGUAAAUGUGUGGUGCUCAUCUGUAGUGAUUUUGUUUCUGAUGUUUAGUUUUUUCCUUAUGUCCACAGCAACACUUUCCACAUCCUGAGGCCUACCAAAGCCCCUGGCUUUGUCUACGCUUGGCUGGAGUUGAUCUCUCACCGGAUCUUCAUCGCCAGGAUGCUGGCACACACCCCACAGCAGAAGGCAAGGACAAGUCACUGUUGUGUUAGUGCAAUGUCUGGGUGGGUGUUUUUGCUGCUGAAGAGCAACCAUUGAUAACCUUUAUUUUCUCUUCUCUUAGGGUUGGCCCAUGUAUGCCCAGCUGCUCAUUGAUCUGUUCAAGUACCUAGCACCAUUCCUAAGGAAUGUUGAGCUCAACAAACCUAUGCAAAUCCUCUACAAGGUAUGGAAGCUGCUCUUAAUGUUUUUCUUUCCCUUGAAUCGACUAAUAACCUUACUGACUGGAUUUGACUGAAUAUUUCUCCUGUCCUCAGGGCACCCUGCGUGUCCUCCUUGUCCUGCUGCAUGACUUCCCGGAGUUCCUGUGCGACUACCACUACGGCUUCUGCGACGUCAUCCCGCCCAACUGCAUCCAGCUCCGCAACCUGAUCCUGAGUGCCUUCCCACGCAAUAUGAGGCUUCCAGACCCCUUCACUCCCAAUCUGAAGGUACAGCUGAAUGACAGACCCUAAAAUACAUUAUUACACUGAAAAUGGUGUUCUGUAACUGUUUUUAGAUUUAGUAAAUUAUUUUUGUUUACUAGGUUGACAUGCUCAGCGAGAUCAACAUUGCUCCACGCAUCCUCACUAACUUCACUGGAGUGAUGCCCUCUCAGUUCAAGAAGGAUCUGGACUCGUACCUGAAGACGCGCUCCCCCGUCACCUUCCUCUCUGAGCUCCGCAGCAAUCUGCAGGUAGGGGGCGCCACUCUGGGUCCCUGGAAGUAUUUGCAGCACAACGACACAUCUUUAGACCAGGUUAAGUUUUGACUCUUUGAGCAAAUGUUCAAAUGUCGAUUUUGUCAUGAAUUGUAUCUGAAGUGUCAUCGUACGUGGGUGUUUCAUUGCGUGUGUCUGUAGAUAGAUCUAACCAAUGCAAUCUGGAAACAAAACUAGUCUCCUUCCAUUGCAUAGUGUUUUACAUUUUGUUCUCCUUUUUACCCAACAAACCUUUCUAGGUGUCAAAUGAGCCAGGCAAUCGUUACAACAUCCAGCUGAUCAAUGCACUGGUGCUGUACGUGGGGACCCAGGCCAUCGCACACAUCCACAACAAGGGCAGCACUCCCUCCAUGAGCACCAUCACUCACUCAGCCCACAUGGACAUCUUCCAGAACCUGGCUGUGGACCUGGACACUGAGGGUAAGACACACACACACGAAAGCAUACUAUUUUUUAUUUUAUUUUUUGUAUACAGGGUGGUGUUCUCAUCAUUCUCUCGUUCCUCUGUUCCCAGGGCGCUAUCUUUUCCUGAAUGCGAUUGCUAAUCAGCUGCGCUACCCAAACAGCCACACCCAUUACUUCAGCUGCACCAUGCUCUACCUGUUUGCUGAGGCCAACACAGAGGCAAUCCAGGAGCAGAUCACCAGGUAAAUAUUGUUCUCUAGUUAUCUACAAAGAAGUCUUGCAUAUGAAGACCAGGCAUUGCAGAACUACCUGCAUUUUAUGGAUCCGUUUCCUUUCCAAGUGUUUAUAAUCGUUAACAAGCCUUUGCUCCUGUCUGUAGGGUUCUUCUGGAGAGGCUGAUUGUGAACAGGCCUCACCCCUGGGGACUGCUCAUCACCUUCAUCGAGCUCAUCAAGAACCCUGCAUUCAAGUUCUGGAGCCACGACUUUGUGCACUGUGCCCCGGAGAUUGAAAAGUAUGUGCUCAUUCACUCUCUACCAGAGUUGGCUUCUCACUCAGCUGAGAUGACUUCACCUGCAGAGUAGUAGCUGGAGGAUAACCAGUUAGUAGCACGUUGUGUUCAUUUUCUGCUUUAUUCAACAACAAAAAAGAAAUAGCAUUCUAAGAUAAGCUGCAGUGGAAGGACUUGGAUUAAACGCCCUCCGCUAUCUUCUCUCUCUCAGGUUGUUCCAGUCAGUGGCUCAGUGCUGCAUGGGGCAAAAGCAGGCUCAGCAGGUGAUGGAGGGCACUGGUGCCAGUUAG